GCGCCUCGCACGGGCCUGUAUCUCCUGGGUUUCCUUGCCCACCCCCACCCCCACCAGGCUCAGGGGGCCUCGCUCCGCCACCAGGGGUGCCGUGCCUCCAAAGGACCUGCUUCUCAAGUCCCAGGAUGGUGUUCCGGGCUGUAGCAUGAGGCACAGGGCCCCCUCUGUUCUUGACAUCUCUCCUGAAGGGAUGGAGAACUUGUCAGUGGCAUCGGCCUCCUCAGAGGCAGGGAGCAGCUGCUCUCAGGAGAUCGAAGAGUUGGAGCGUUUCAUUGACAGCUAUGUCCUGGAGUACCAGGUCCAGGGGCUGCUGAUGGAUAAAAUGGAGGGGGAUGGUGAGAGCGAGAAGACACAGUCCGACAUCUCACAGUGGACAGCAGAUUGUAGUGAGCAGCUUGAUGACAGCUGUUCCCUAUCCCAAGGGAAGGGCUCAUCGUCUCAUGAACACAGUCAGAAUGGCAACAAGGAGAGCUCCCUUGACAUGCUGGGCACAGACAUUUGGGCUGCCAACACCUUUGACUCCUUCAGUGGUGUGACAUGGGACUUGCAGCCUGGAAAACUAGAUUUUACCCAAUUUCACAAGAAGCUGCAAAACACCUCCAAACACCUGUUGCCUCAAAAAGACAGAGAAGGGCUUGGAAAAGGGAAAUUCGAGGAUGGUGAUAGCAUCAACUUGAACGACAUAGAGAAAGUCCUUCCAGUGUGGCAGGAUUACCAUUCAUUGCCUCAUGAAGCUGAAAUCACGCACACCAAAAAACUGUUCAGAAGGAGGAGAAACAACCGGAGGAGACAGCAGAGACUUCCUGGUGGGAACAAGUCUCAGCAGCAUGCAGAUCAUCAGCAAGGUGGCACCAAACACAACAGAGACCACCAGAAACUCUACCAAGGAGGCCAGGCCCCUCACUCCUCAAGUAGGACAGGCCACCAUGGCUACAGUCAGAACCGGAGAUGGCAUCACAACCAGAAGCACUUGUCCAAUGACAAAGAAACACACAGAAAUGCCAAAGAGACUGAGAACUUGAAAAUCAAGGACACCGCCAUCUGUGCAGGUCACAUUCCCUUGGAGAUGCAUCGAGGCCUGGAGGCUAUGGAGAAGCAGUCUCAGCAGUACAUCCAAGAGUCAGAGAUCAAGCAGAAAGACAGUAUUCAUGAACACAUUGGGGAAAGACCCAAGAUCAAUUUGCUUCAGUCUUCCAAAGACAGGCUGCGAAGGAGACUAAAAGAAAAGACGCUUUGUCUUUCCCUUUUCAUGGACCAGGACGAAGUCAUGGUGGAAACCACCAAUCCUGAAAAGAAUAAAAUGGACAAAUUAAUUGAAAUUCUCAAUAGCAUGAGGAACAACAACAGUGACGUUGACUCCAAGCUUACCACAUUCAUGGAGGAGGCCCAGAACUCUACCAAUUCUGAGGAAAUGCUGGGGGAGAUAGUCAAGACCAUCUACCAGAAAGCAGUGACAGACCGCAGCUUUUCUUCCACAGCAGCCAAGCUCUGUGACAAAAUGGCCCUCUUCAUGGUGGAAGGAACCAAAUUUCGGAGUCUGCUUCUCAACAUGUUGCAGAAGGACUUCACCAUGAGGGAGGAGUUGCAGCAGCAGGAUGUGGAGCGCUGGCUGGGAUUCAUCACCUUUCUCUGCGAAGUCUUUGGUACCAUGAGGAGCAGCACUGGAGAGCCUUUUCAAGUCCUUGUCUGCCCAAUUUACACCUGCCUCAGGGAGUUGUUGCAAUCUCAGGAUGUGAAGGAAGAUGCUGUGCUUUGUUGCUCCAUGGAGCUGCAGAGCAUUGGCCGGCUGCUGGAGGAGCAGCUGCCUGAGAUGAUGACAGAGCUGUUGGCAAUAGCACGUGACAAGAUGCUGUGUCCCUCUGAGUCCAUGCUGACACGGUCCCUGCUGCUGGAGGUCAUUGAACUGCAUGCCAACAACUGGAACCCCCUAAUGCCCACCAUCACUCAGUACUACAACAAGACCAUCCAAAAACUGACAGCCUGAGGGGCAGGACAAGGAGAGGUGGGAAGGAACAGGAAGAAGACAUGCACCUUGAUGGGAUCUGGCAAAAGCUUUUCUGAUUUAAAUUCCACAGAAGACCAACUCCCAGCAUGCUUGAGAAUACAUUCAUGGAGUGGGGAUAGAGAAGUAUAUUUCUUUUUCAGCCAUGAUGAGUUUCUUUUUCUGAACUCAUUGCUCAAGCAGCAGCGUGUCCCACCAGGUUAUUGUUUGACUUUCAAAAGAAGACAGAGAAUUUGGAAAAGAAAAAGCCCAAACAACUAAUCCAAGUGGGGGCUAGUAUUGUUUUCAUGCUGUCCUCCUGCCUUGCCCUGGCCAAAUGGUAGGAAGCAGCAGGCAGCAGAUGUCUUGGGAGGACAAAGAUAGAUACACACUAUACCAGACACUCAUAAGUGAUGGCUUUUGUCAAGAGGGCCUUGUGCUAGGUUCCCCUUCUGUCUUCAACUUUCUGUGUGCCUCCCCACCUACUCUCCACCCCUUCAAAAAUGGAUUGGAGAGCGGGGUUGACCUUAUUUGCACUGGGUUUUCUUUUUCUUUAUUAUUUGUGAUUUCUUCUUAUUUCAUUGUAUCAUUGAAUGAACAAUUGCAAGCAGCUCAGAGAUGAGGAAAGCAACGCCUUCCCAAAACCUUACUAAUGGUUUAUGUGAAGAUGAUGAAGUAGGACUAUUUUAAAGGAGCCCAAAAGCCACUGCAGAAGUAACAUAGCCAUCAUCAUCUUGCCAGUAAUCUUCUCAAUGGAUUGAGAAUCAUGUCCUAUGAGCUGGGAGCUCUAAGAAACAGGGAAUUCUGUGGCCCUUGCUUUUUGAGUCACCAUUAUCCCUCAGACACUAUAACCGGUUUUUUUUAAUGGUUUUUUUUUUUUCUGUUGAAGGAGUGCUUCAUUGUAGUUACUGUCAUGGUUAUAAUUAUACAUUUAAAUCCAGGCCUGUUAUAGUUGGGCCUAAUAACAUGCAGAGCAAGGGAGAAAUGAAGGUUAAUGUUCUUCUUUGGUGGUUGGUAAAGAGAAGACAAGCAAUGCAUGGAUAAAAGGAGGAAAAAAGAAGAAAGUAAAAAAAGAAAAAGACAAAAAUAGAGGUUUUGAGCCUGGCUUCUAACUAGCUGAAUUUGCUGUCCAGUGUUUCCAGGUGUGCAAUGUACAAGAGCAACUCUGUCCCAUGGUUGGUGUAAGUGGCACCUCAUCAUCAAGGGAUGGGUGGCAUAUUCAGGGGGGAGAAUUUGCCCAGGGGUCUCCAGGUUGCUCCAGGAUACCCAGGUUGCUCUGUGCUAGAGCAUCCCAAGGGAGAAGGCAGCUGCUGGGAGGUGAAAGCAAGAUGCCUCCUGGACGAGGAAAUGACCAGAUGGCAAGGAGGCUGGUACACAGAAAUGCCAUGCUGUUGCAUCCCUCCCCGAAUUAUGAAGAUGACUUGGUGGUCUCCUUAUUUGUCGUCUACUGACGCUACUUAUUAAAACACAGAAUCACAGAAUUAACUAGGUUGAAAAAUAUCUUCAAAGUCAUCAAGUCCAACCUAUGACCUAACACUAGCUUGUCAAGUAGACCAUGGCACUAAGUGCCACAUCUAGUCUUUUCUUAAACACCUCCAGGGACAGUGACUACCACCUCCCUGGGCAGCCCAUUCCAACACCCAGUCACUCUU